AUGUCCUCGCGUAUAGUACCGAACAUCCUGGAUCCCCUCACCUCAUCCGCGCUGAACAAACUGCACGAACCGACCCCUCCAACACUCAAGCGAAAGAGAAGCGACGAUGACGAGAUCUACAAUGCUGCCGGCCAGCUUGCAACCUCCUCGAUUGUCAUCAGAGCACACGCAGCGUCACUAUCCGACCACCCUCUAAUCCUCGAACCAAUAACGGUCCUCUCACGCUCCCGCCUCCCACUCUCAUGGCUAGACGAUACACCCGCCUCCCGCUCAGACGAUGAACCCGGCGGCCUCUUCACGGCUGAUAUUCCCACACUGGAAGUUGAUCUGUGCGCCAAAGCUGAACCUACCGUUCUCGCGGUCCGCCUGCUUGCCAAUGGGGGAUUGUACAUUGUCGAGCGCGUAAAGCGGGGUAUAUACUCGCUUUCUAAACUCGCGCGAUGGGUGCAUGAGGGUAAUAUCGUCGUUGCGGCUAAGGGGUGGCAUGAAUCCGAGGAUGCAGAUGUCGAUAUCAAGGAUGUCAAUGAGUCGACUGCUAUGCCGGAUGGAUAUGACUGGUGGCAAGCUGCUCAGAUUGACGAGCCGAUUACUGAUAUUGGAGUGGGCGAGAAGCCUACGCUGGAUAUUGCGCUUGUCUUUGGUCCGUCUGAGGCGGAUGCCGGCGUUGCUGAGGCUUCAUUUGUGGGUGUUUUUGAGCAUCGGAGUCAUUCGCUUGCGCCGUCUAGGAGCUUUGAUGAUGCUGAUGGGGAUCCGUUCGUGACUGAGCCGAAGGGCUUGGCGGAUGGUGGGGAUGCUAUGGAUGUCGAUGGGGUUGAGUCUAACGCUGUGGAUGUGCAGCAGUCGCCUGAAGUGUUGCUAGAUGGGAUGAGGGAUCAUUAUUUGCAGGCUCUUUAUGUUUCAAAGACUUCUGUGGCAUACUUUGCUAAGGGUCCUUUGACGCGCUGUCGGAACGCUUUUCAGGCUCGGGAUACGGAGCAAUCGCAUGGAUCAGCGGAACUUGUUGAGUUCUAUCGUGAGGCCAUUCUUGCGGCCAAGAAAAUGGAUCUCAAGUAUAGAGAGGCGGUACCAUCAGCAGUUCGUGAUGCUGUGCUAGCUGAUUCUGACGAUGGUGCCAAAUCCAAGAAGCGAAAGAGCAAGAAGAAGAAGAAGCUGGGUAAGAAUGGUCUAUACCCAGAGGAGGAAGGGUUCAUCCAUCGAUGGUGGAAGGACAGACUUACGAACGAGUCCUCAGCCCAGGACUCGCGCGAAGCAGAAUCCAAGAAGCAGAUAUCUGAUCUCCGGCUCCGCGAGACACAGCUGCAGAUCUUGUUGGUUCUGGAAGUCAUGGUACUGGAAAUGGGCAUUGCCUCGGCGGAGAAGGACAAUGCCCACAAGGGAAAGGAACCAGAAGGCGAGAAACAGACGCCGAAGAAACCCAAGGCCAAGAAACCCCAGGAUUUGAAUGUGCUUCUCGAACUCCAUCUCGAUCGAAUGUGCAUUUGGCAUGCUGUGAGCAUGGAAGAGACAUCUGCUGCCGAUACAGCAAAGGCUUCCUCGUUCAGCAGCAGCCAUAUGUCAGGCAAGAAAGUCGAAAGUGAUGCAGUGCGUGACUUUUGCACGGAAGUCAUCAUUCCCUUCUAUGCCGCGCGUAUCCCCGAUAAGUGCAAGCUGAUCACCCGCAAAUUCGGUGUAUCUGGCGGUAUCUCUCCGGCCUCUAAGAAAACGCAGUCAUCGACCAAAGUGCCUCGGGUGGAACCCGGCACGGAAGUCAAGCGACAGCAGCCAGCACAGAAGCCUCGGCGGACAUUGCAGCGUGUGCUUACGGAUGAGAAAGCGGCAGCGUCCCAUGUCCGACACCCGGGACUUAGUCGCUCUAAUACGGCCCCGUCGCAGCACAAUCUGAAGCGUGAUACAGGGGAGCCUCUGCUGCCUGCUGUUCUGAGUGGCAGUGUCCGGGGUGGCAUUCAUAAAGCAAAGCGCACGGAGAACCGAGAAGUUGAUCUCAACGCCGUGGCGCGGCAGCACGAGACCAAACUCAGAAAGGUUCAAAUGCUGGUCGAUCAGAAGAAGGAGUUAGACGCUGCUAUCCACGCGCUGCGGAAACCCAACAGAGAACUCGUCUCCAAGGACAUAGCAGACGAUGCAGUCAAGCGGGUCACAACCAGUGGAGGCAGUUCAAGGAAGCCAAAGAACCCUGUGCGCAAUCCAUUCGGUGAAGGCGUACAGGUCAUGGCGACUCCACGGGGCAACCGAAAGAAGGAGGUGGUAGGUCUACCUCCGCUACCUCGUAGUUUAGCCUCGUCGCGAUCAUUUAUUGGUGUGGAGAACUCUCCUCUCGGCGAGUCUCCGCUCAUGGUCCCCUCUUCCAGUCGACGGGCGAUAUCGUUUUCUGGCGCCGAUUCCGACCCCUUUAAUCCCCAUGACGGUCCCAGCGGUCGAAGCCCGCGAUCCAGUCAGCCCGAUGGAGCUGUCCAGGAAACUCCAACGAGGCCCUCUUCCAAAAUCUUCCAGAGUACAAGUGGGCUUGGAGACUCCAUGGCUGCCCGUCGACCGUCUUCCUCCACUGGCAAAGGCCUCUUCCGAGUACCCAAUCUCCCUGCUCCCCGCUCUACCACCCAAUCAAUGGUCCCAGGUACGCCUGUCCAUUCGCGCCAUAAGACAGUUUCCGCAUCGACGGAAACGAUGUCCUCGUCUCAACAGCUCAGUCAAUCUCUCAGCGAUGCUCGCUCCUCGGCGAUCAUGGAAACACCCCCAAAGAAGCGUGCGCUGCAGGAGACACCCACUACACCCUCUAUACCAUUUCCUACAACCCUCGACGCCAUGGCCGUCGAACCUCCUCAAGCGCACUCCCCGCCAGCCGUCAUGGGGACGCCAAUUAAAGGUGCUGCGGCUGUACCAGUGACACCCGACAAAUCGCAGUCGAAGUCGAUCUACGAGCAACUUGGCUGGGAUGAUGAGAUGGACUUUUAA